AUGGCUCUCCUUGCCGCCGCCACAGCCCCGCACUCCGAUCUCGGCGACCUUCGGCGGGAAUCGACAGUGCCAAGCAUACAACAAGGAUCCCCUCCCUCCGCUCCUCCCUCCUGUCCGGCGAGAUCCGGCGCGCGCGUCCUCCAGCGCCACCCGCGCUCGUCUCCCGUCGCUAGGGUUUCGGCCGGCGUGGUCCGGCGACUCAGGUGCGUCCCUCCACUCCAUCUCCUCCUCCUCACAUCCCUCCCUCACUUCCUCGCCUCGUGUUCUCUCCCUCCCAGAUCCAGGAUGCCAUGGGCAGGAUGGCCUCUUCCUCCCCUGCCCAGACAUCAUGGAGUUGCGGUUGGCCGUGAGCCCAGCCACCUCCUUGCGGCCACAUCAUCUGGAUCUGGCCAGCGGCAGAGGAGGAGUUGGCGGUUGAAGAGGUCCCGGCGAGAUCGGACCCGCCCAAGGGCACGUGGACGAACGCGGACGGCUGACGCGUCCAUCCAGGCGACGUCGACCCCACCGUACCCCAGCGCGGCCCGGAUCACCGACUCCUCCUGCUUCCCCCAGUACACCGUCUCCCUCAAGUGCCUGGAGACCAACCAGGACAAGAGCAAGUGA